UCAGGGAGCGUGCAGCGCGGCGAUUGGCGGUGCAAUGUGUCCCUCGGACACAGCGGAUCACCGAUCCACGGAAAGAGCCGAAGAUAUCGGCUCGGUCAUGUGUUCAGCUGUGUUCAAUCACAGCUAAUCACUGGUCAUCAGGGCACUGAUGAUCAGUGUGCCCUGAUCAUCAGUGUAGCCCCAGCAGUGCCACCUGUCAGUGUCCAUCAGUGCCUUAUGUCAGUGCUCAUCAGUGCCUCGUGCCAGUGCCCAUCAGUGCCACAUCAAUGCCACAUAUCAGUGCCUACCAGUGCACAUCAAUGCCACAUAUCAGUGCCCAUCUGAGCUGCCUUUCAGUGUCACCCAUCAGUG